AUGGCCAGUAGCACCACCAUUAACGCCACGCCUCAGGCGGUGAUGGGCCAUGUCCAGAAGCUCAGCGACACCGACCCGGACUUUCGGUUCAUGUCCUUGAACGACUUGUUGCAGCUUCUCAGACACGCGAAGCCCGACUUUCUUCAUCAUGACUACAACAUCGCUGCCCGCACUGUGGAUAGCAUUAUCAAGACCCUCGACGACCAGAACGGUGAGGUUCAGAACUUGGCAAUCAAAUGCUUGGGCCCUCUCGUGGGCAAGGUCCCUGCUCCGAUUAUUGCGCCGAUGAUCGAGAAGCUCUCGUCCCUCAAGCUUAAGAACUCGGUGGACAACGCAGUUCCGUCUUUGGCCCUCCGAUCCGUAAUAAUCGCUCUCCCCCGCCCGGUGCCAGGCCUCCCGCCCACCUCCGAUGUCCAAGAAGCGUAUAAUGCAGUUAGCCGCGUGCUCAUUCCCCGACUGAUUGGACCUGGUCCCAAGACACAAGUUCCGAAGAACGCCAAGGUUACGCUCCCUGAUGUUCCAGAGGGCUUGCUGCAAAACGAUGGAGACCUCAAUGCCGAGGCUGUCGAUGUGUUGAUAGAGGUUGUUCGAUGUUUCGGACCCAUGCUCAUCCAGGUCGAGGUCGAAGCGAUGCAGGAGGUUGUUAUACAACUCCUCGAGAGCGAGAAGGGGUCGUCAGUGGUGAAGAAGCGUGCUGUUGUCGCCAUUUCGAUGCUUGCUGUGUACCUGUCCGAUGAGCACCUGGAGGAUGUGGUUAACCGAAUUACCGCUGGUCUCUCGCAGAGCAGCAGUGCUGUUACACGCCGCCUUUACAUAUCGAUCCUGGGUAGCAUGGCGAGGUCCAUUCCUUCUAGGUUCGGUCCUCACCUUUCCAAAGCUGCUCCCUUCAUUCUCCAAGCUCUCGGAGAAGACGAGCUGCAAAAUCACUUAGAGCAGCUGAGCGAUGGAGAUGACCUUGGUCAGGAUUUCAACGACGUCCGCGAAGCUGCCCUCGUCGCUCUUGAGGCUUUCCUGGCGUCCUGCCCCCAAGAAAUGCGUCCCUUUACUGACGAAACAAUGGCGUCUUGCCUUCGAUUCAUCAAAUACGAUCCCAAUUAUUCGAUGGAUGAUGAUGAUGAGGAUAUGGACGUGGACGAGGACGAGGAAGAAGCUGACGAUGACGACGAAUUUGAUGCCGACGAUGGAUUCGAGGACGACGAUGAUGACGCCAGCUGGAAGGUCCGACGAUGCGCAGCCAAGACCUUGUACACUCUCAUUUCGACUCGCGCCAGUGGAGAUCUUCUCGAGAAUGGAGUUUUGUACAACCAAGCUGCCCCCCUUCUGAUCAAGCGCAUUGAUGAGAGAGAGGAGAACGUCCGACUUGAGAUCAUCUCUGCACUUUCUCUCCUUGUUCGCAAGACUGGAGAAGGACUUGAAACUCCCGACCUGUCGCUGGAUGACUAUGAGCCAGAAUCUGAGUCGCGGAUCCCCAUUAGCCGGAAGCGAAGACGGCAAAGUAGUGGUGGUGGUGGGACCGUCUCCCAAUUCAUGGCUGGCCCUGGCCUUGCCUCGCCUGUUCUUGAAAAACUCCCUGCCACUGGCCCUCGAGUUGACCUUGCCCGUCUGACACCGCUUAUUGUCAAGGCCAUCACGAAGCAGCUCAAGGGCAAGACGAUCCCAACCAAGCAAGCCGUCAUCAGCCUUCUGGAUGACAUCGUAUCGGUCCAACACGGUGGCCUCGCCGAAUACUUCGAUGAAGUCUUUGGUCCCAUUAUCGAAGCAAUCAAGCCCACCGGCUCUGGUUCUGUCUCGACUUCCCUAGCUUCUGCGGGUGGAUCCUCUACAGCCACUCCUAGCACUCUCCGAGUUACCGCCUUGAAGCUCAUCAGCGAUAUCUCCAAGACUCACUCCUCAACUAUCCUUCAACCCUACUUGAUUAACAUUGUUGCCGGAGUCGCUUCAGCCGUCCACGACCGCUUCUACAAGAUUUCAAGCGAAGCUAUCCGCACUGUUGAGGAGCUUGUUAAGACCAUCACACCCCCAAGGUCGCGCAACACUGGAUCCAAGUACAAAGACGAGUUGGAGAAGCUUUACGAUGUCAUUAUUGACCGAUCCUCUGCCAACGAUGCUGACGCCGAGGUUCGCCAGCGGGCUAUUCAUGCGCUUGGAGUCCUCAUCUCCCGAACGUCUAGCCCAGAGGGUUCGAGCCUACUCUCAGCUGAUAAGCGCAAGGCUGCUCUGAACGUUCUCCAAGAGCGACUCAAGAAUGAGACUACGCGGCUGGCAGCUGUGAGGGCAGUCGACAAUGUUGCUGCAUUUUCGAGAAGCCCCGGCCAGCUCGAGAAGGCAUGGAUCCAAGAUGUUGCCCUGGAGCUCUCUGCCCAACUGCGAAAGGCCAACAGAGCUCUACGAGGAUCAAGCAUCGUGGCGCUCAAGCACCUAGCGCUCUCAAAUGCCACCAAGGGCCAGCUGGAACCACCGACCAUUGAAGGAAUUGUCUCUGCCUUGAUGCCUAUCAUCACUCACAGCGACACCCACCUUCUCGGGCCAACCCUUCUCAUUCUGGCCAAGGUUGUACCCGACCACGCCGAUCUCGUCGUGACUGCUGAUAUGAUCACAUCCCUCUGCGAGCUCCUGAAGUCACACUUUGCAAGCAUUGUGUUGGAUCAAUUGCUAGUGUUGAUCAGCAGCAUUGGCGAAAGUGGUGCUGGCCAGUCGCUCAUGCUUGGCCUGCUCAAGGAUGUCAGUGUCUCCGGAGACCCAGCAGUCGUCGGCAAGGUGAUUGGAACACUCCUAGUGACUGGAGGUGAAUCCGCUGGCGUGAAGCUGAACAGCUUCGUCUCUGAGCUUCAAACGAGCGCCAAGGGUAACGAUGACGCUCGGGUGAGCCUUGCACUCGCUGUCCUAGGAGAGGCUGGAAUGAGGCUUGGAACGAAGUCACCUCUUAAGCCCACUCUCUUCUUGGAGCAGUUCCAUACGGAGCCUGACAAGGUUUCUCUUUCUGCUGCAAUCGCUCUUGGCAGAGCGGGCUCCGGCAAUGUUCCUGAGUUCCUUCCCGUCAUUCUGGAGACGAUGCAGAAGGGAGGAAACACCCAGUACCUGCUCAUCCAGUCCAUCAAGGAGAUUCUCCAAUCCAUCUCGGCACAGUCAACUGACCUGCGAAACUACGCUCCUGCUAUCUGGGAUCAGCUUUUGAAGGCAUCCGACAAUGCCGACAACAAGGUGGUGUGUGCCGAGUGUGUCGGGCGCCUUGUCACCCUUGACCCUACAGUGUUUAUGCCCCGUCUCCAGACUCUUCUCCGGGACCAAUCCUUGGGCGUUCGCGGAAUGGCUGUCCAAGCUGUGCGCUACACCCUACCUGAGAGCGAUGAGGCCUUUGACUCAUUGCUUCGAAAUGUUCUCAUCGACAUGCUUCUCGUUAUGCUUCAGGACUCGGACAUGGACAUUCGCCGCCUGGCGAUGAUAACGCUCACUACAGCUGCGCGCAACAAACCCGACCUGAUUCACCCGCAUCUGGGCGAGCUGAUGCCGUACGUCUUAAGAGAGUCAGUAAUCAAGACGGAGCUCGUCAGGGAAGUCAUGAUGGGUCCUUUCAAGCACACUGUGGAUGACGGAAUGGAAGUCCGCAAGAGCGCGUAUGAAACCCUUUACGCCCUGAUGGAAACUGCCUUUAGCCGCAUCAACAACAUUGACUUCUACGACCGUGUUGUUGACGGUCUCAAAGAUGACAACGAUAUUCGCCAGCUCUGCAAUCUCAUGGUCACGAAGCUAAUCGCGAUUGAUCUUGAUGAGACAGCCCGCCGACUGAAUCCGAUUGCCGAGUCGUACCGUUCAGUGCUGUCAGUCAAGCUCAAAGAUAACGCCGUUAAGCAAGACCUUGAGAAGCAAGAGGAGGCGAACAAGAGCAUCCUCAGAGUGACGCUCUUGUUGGGUGAGAAGAUGAAGGCUAUGACGGGUAACGCUGGAGCAGCGACCAGUAAUGCAGGCGCUGCGGGUGUGUGGACGGCCUACUGGGAGUGGGUUAACAAGGAAUUUGAGAAGCAAUUGAGGGGCUUGCGAGAGGAGAACACCCAGUUGCAGACUCGGAUGGUUUAA